UAUGCAGGACGUACGGUUACUUAUCUCUCUUACGAAUCUUAUGCUUCAUUAGCUAUCAAAACAAUCCUCGAAAUAAUCAAAGAAGCACGAAACCAUAAUGCUUCAACCCUUCAAGCAAAUGACUCAAAAAUCGUCAUUCAUCAUAUCUUAGGUGAAUGUCCAAUCGGUGAAACUAGUAUUAUCAUUGGUGUUUCAUCAGCUCAAAGACUUGGAGCAUUUGAACUUUGUCAAAACUUACUAGAACGUGUUAAAAAAGACGUUCAAAUUUGGAAACGAGAAUACUAUGCCGAUGGUGGAGAUCCUUGUUGGAAAGAAAACUUUCCUACUAUAACUCUUUAA